UAUAUAUGACUGUAUUUUAGUUAGAUUUGUGUACAUUUGAGAACUAGCAAAAGAGUGAUUAUAUAGAAGUGGAUACAAUCAAUUUGUUGCAUUAUUACUGGAGGAUACUACACCUUAAGCCUUGACUGCCUCGGUCUCUCCAUCUGUAGGUUUCGGUAGUGGCUCCAAUUCUGGGUCCAAACAGUAAGGAGAAAUUUCAACUUGUCUUGCCACCGCGUGAAGUUUGUACCAUCAAACCGAUCCAACCGUACCAAGUCUUGAUUCAUAAGUUUGAUGGUUGCCAUUGUUGUCUUGUUUUCCAUUCAAAGAAAAUAACGUUUGAGAUUUUUGGAAAUAAAUUGAAAGAUGGAGAAGAAACAAAAGAAAAGUCACAAGAGAAUAUGCCAACAAGAUGGAUCAAAACAAAAUUUAUAUCAACAAAUGUGAAGGCUUGAACGCGGGAUCGCUGUCCUCAAACGUUAUUUGCCCCUUCUCCUAUGUUUUCGAGAUGCUUAAAGGCCAGCAGAAGAAGAAUGACUUUGCAUUGGCUUCGCUAUAUCAGCCUUUCACUAUUGGUAAUGAUACCAAUGGCAAUUGCAUCACCUAUGUCGAAGCCAAAUUGCAGAGACAAGUGUGGAAAUGUCACCAUUCCCUAUCCGUUUGGAAUUGGGCCAGAAUGUAGCCAUAAUUUAUCGUUUACAGUCAACUGCCAGAACCUCUCAAAUGCGGCAAAACCUUUCUUAAGCGGCAUAAAUCUAGAAGUCCUAGAAAUUUCAUUGAAAAACAACACAAUUACUCUGAACCAGCCUGUGUCACCCAUUAAUUGCAGUUAUGAACGGACAGAACUGUCUUUGGGAAAAUCACUGUUGGGAACUCCUUUUAUUUUCUCAAGUUCCUAUAAUGUAUUAGUGGUAUUAGGCUGCAAAAAUGUUGUUACUGUACGCAAGAGCAAAUCAACAACUGCUGGAGGAUGCCUAGCAAUUUGUGGAAAUGGUUCUGAAAAUUCGACAGACACCAGCUGCAAUGGUGUUAACUGUUGCCAGGCGAGCAUCCUGGAUAGUCUACGGGAACUGCAUAUAAUUUAUAUGAGCAUUGGCGCCAACAAAAACAAAAGCUUUUGUGGGUAUACAUUCCUGGUAUAUCAGCGUUGGAUACAAACUGAUUAUAGAAAGUACAGCGGCUUUCAAUAUGAUUCCUUAUAUCCAUUCGAUGAGGAAUUUGUAUAUGCACCAGUGGUACUUGACUGGAAAGUCCCAAUAUACGCUAGAAAUGGGGUUUAUUGCCGAUUUAUCGGUCCCUAUAAUCCAAAUAGGUUGAUUGACUAUGAGAACUCCGUAAAAUGCUCUUGCAAACAAGGCUAUGAUGGGAAUCCAUAUCUAGAGGAAGGGUGCCAAGAUAUUGAUGAAUGCAGCAAUUCAACUUUGAAUUACUGCGGAGAUUGGAGUUGUGUCAAUUUGCCUGGGACUUAUAGUUGUCGAGUUGGAACUAGCGGCAGCAAUAGAUCUCGGGUAAAAGUGACAUUUAUUGCCGUUGGCUCUGGAAUUGGUGCACUAGUUUUACUUGUUGGCGCUUGGAGGUCGUACAAAGUUAUUAGGAGAAGAAUUAAGGCAAAUCGAAAAAAAAGGUUUUUCAAGCGCAAUGGCGGGUUACUGUUGGAACAACAAUUGUCCUCAGCUCAAAACGGUGUAGAUAGAACUAAAUUGUUCAGUUCAAAGGAGUUGGAACUAGCAACUAAUCAUUUUAAUGUGAACCGUAUACUUGGUCGUGGUGGCCAAGGUACUGUCUACAAAGGGAUGCUUUCAGAUGGAAGAAUUGUGGCAGUGAAAAAAUCUCAGAAGGUAGAUGAAGAUGAUCUGGAAGUCUUCAUUAACGAGGUUGUUAUUCUUUCGCAAAUAAACCAUAGAAAUGUAGUCAAGAUACUGGGAUGUUGUUUAGAGACCGAAGUUCCGCUUCUAGUUUAUGAGUUUAUUCCAAAUGAUACGCUUUUUCAACAUAUCCACAACCCAACUGAGGAAUUCCCAUUAACAUGGGAAAUGAGGUUAAGAAUUGCCACAGAAGUGGCAUCAGCGCUUUCAUAUUUGCAUUUUGCGGCAUCUUUACCCAUCUACCAUCGAGACAUCAAAUCAACAAACAUACUCUUAGAUGAUAAAUACCGGGCAAAAGUUUCGGAUUUUGGAACAUCAAGGUCAGUUGCUAUUGAUCAAACUCACUUGACAACAAAAGUAAUAGGAACAUUUGGUUACUUGGAUCCUGAAUACUUCCAGUCGAGCCAAUUCACAGAAAAAAGUGACGUUUACAGCUUUGGAGUUGUCAUGGUUGAGCUUUUAACUGGGCAAAAAGCAAUCUCAUCUAUUAGAUCACAAGAUAAAGGAAAGAGUUUAGCCACAAAUUUCUUGCAAGCAAUGGAGGAAAAAUGUUUACAUGAUAUUCUUGACGCUGACGUGCUCAAUGAAGACACAAAAGAAGAAAUUAUGGCUUUUGCUCAACUUGCUAGAAGGUGUCUCUAUUUGAAUGGAAAGAGAAGGCCAACAAUGAAGGAAGUAGCAGUAGAACUCGAAGCAAUUCAAAUGUCAAAACGAGGAUCAUCCGUUCAAGAAAAUCUUGGUGACAAAGAACACCCCUCAAUUAUCGAGGUGUCUGAGGCUUAUGAUUUUGCAUCCAUCUCAGCAAGCAUCAAUUUUGAUAAUAUCACAAUCUCCUCAACAUCUGAUGUCGAUCCGCUACUAUCUGCUACAUCCUGAAGAAUUUUAUCAUAUAUUCAUCUGCUACAUUUGACAUAGCAUGUGCAUUUAAUGAUCAAGUCCUACUAAACAUGUAAUUGGUUCGUUGUAUGAAUUCUGUCGUUACAAUAUGCAACUGUUAUUCUUUUCGUUGCCUCCUUUUA